AUGAGUGAAGGUUCAGUCCAUGCUAAAAAGGAUAUCCAGGGAGUCUGUAAUCAGGGUGAAACCAGGUUUCAGCAGGAGCUGAAAUCCUUAACCUUCCAAGAUGUGGCUGUGGACUUUACUCGAGAGGAAUGGGGCCAGUUGGAUCCUGCUCAGAAGAACAUGUACAGAGAUGUGAUGCUAGAGAAUUAUGAGAACUUCAUCUCCCUUGAUUCCCUUGUACUACAGACAAGGUAUGACACCAAGGAGCCAAUUUCAGAGCAGUUUAUUUUUGCAGAAAAGUCAUCUAAGGAGCAACUCACCAAGAAUAGUUCAUGGAAUUCGAAAAUACAUACUCGAGGGAAACCGCAUAAAUGCAAUGAAUGUGGCAAAGCCUUCAGCAUUAACUCAUGCCUUACUGUACAUCAAAGAAUUCAUACUGGAGAGAGACCUUUUACAUGCAAUGAAUGUGGGAAAGCUUUCAGCCAGAAGGGAAACCUUAAAAGACAUAAGCUAAUUCAUGCUGGAAAGAAACCAUUUGAAUGUAAUGAAUGUGGGAAAGCUUUCAGCAGCAAUGAAUACCUAACUCAACAUCAAAGAAUUCAUACUGGAGAGAAGCCCUAUAAAUGUAAUGAAUGUGGGAAAACCUUUAGCCAGAAAGGAAGCCUUAAUGUGCACAAGAGGAUUCAUACUGGAGAGAAACCAUAUAAAUGUAAUGACUGUGGGAAAGCUUUUAGCCAGAAGAGAAGUCUUGAUGCACAUAAGAUAAUUCAUAGUGGAGAGAAACUCUGCUCAUGUAAUGAAUGUGGAAAAACCUUCAGCAACAAUUUUCACCUUAAUAUACACAAGAUAAUUCAUACUGGAGAGAAACCAUUUGAGUGUAAUGUAUGUGGGAAAUCCUUCAGCAGUAAUCAAUAUCUAAGUCAACAUCAAAGAAUUCAUACAAAAGAGAAACCCUAUAAAUGUAGUGACUGUGGGAAAGCCUUCAGCCAGAAAGGAAGUUUUAAUGUACAUAAGAGAAUUCAUACUGGAGAGAAGCCCUACAAGUGUAAUGAAUGUGGAAAAGCCUUUAGCCAGAAUAGGAGUCUUAAGGUACAUAUGAUAAUUCAUACUGGAGAAAAACCUUGGUCAUGCAAUGAAUGUGAUAAAACCUUCAUGAAUAGUACUUACCUUAAUAUACAUAAGAAAAUUCAUACUAGAGAGAAGCACUUUGAAUGUAAUGAAUGUGGGAAAAGCUUCAGGCAUAGUUCAUACCUCUUACAACAUCAGAGAAUGCAUACUGGAGAGAAACCCUAUAAAUGUAAUCAGUGUGGGAAAGCCUUCAGUCGAAAGGGAAGCCUUAAUGCACAUAAGAGAAUUCAUACUGGAGAGAAACCUUUUGAAUGUAAUGAAUGUGGGAAAGCAUUUAGCCAAAAGGGAAACCUUAAUACACAUAAGAAAACUCAUACUGGAGAGAAACCCUUUGAAUGUAAUCAGUGUGGGAAAGCUUUCAGAUUGAGACAAACUUUUGCUGCUCAUAAGAAAAUUCAUACCAUUGAGGAACCUUUUGAAUAUAAUAUGUUUGAGAAAGUAUUCAGCUAGAGGAACACCUUACAAGAUUUAAGAUAAUUCACAGUAGUAAGAAUCUUUAUAAAUAUAAUGAAUGCCUCAUCACUAAUUAGAGGUUUCUUGUUGGAGAUUAACUGUACAGAG